AUGGGUAAGCAGCAGCCUGGAGCACAGCAGAACAAGCGCGGGAAGCCAGCCGCGUCUCCGAGUUCGUCUUUGAUGGCCCCGUCAGCAGCGCCUCCCGUCGAGCUCCCCGAGCCAGUGACGCCCCGUCCUGCGUCCAAGGACCGCGCGGCGCAGAGCGUCGCGAAGACCGAGGCCCUCGUCUUCAGUCGGCCGAAGAAGUCGGGGCCAACUAAGGAGGAUCGCCCCCGUGUCGAGCUCACGGCCUUUACCGAUUCUAACAAGAGGGCCCACAUCUGGACGACAGCAAAACCAGAUGAGUUUGCCGCAAUGGAGCGCCUUUACGUAGCCAUGCAGAAGAAGCCGAUGACGAAGGCACAGGCGCUCCAGCUUCGCGAUUCUUUUCUUGGGAAGGCUGGCGCGGCCCUCAAGCGCCCAGCAGCGGCAGCGACAGAUCCCAGUGACAGGGCCGAUGCUAAGAAGGAGAUGUGGCAGAUUGCGGCUGCUGGUAGCGCCGCCGCAAAGACGGCUCCAGCCACGUUCGAGGAGUCGGAGGAGGCCGCGCUUGCCAUUCGCAAGGAGGGCGAGCCCGACCAGCGGCAGACGUCGCUUGCCCAGCGCCACGUCUUCAAGAGCAGCAGGGAGAGCAUCGACCCUGAGGACCUCAAGAAGUAUGACUGGUACAAGUCGACGGCGUGCAACAUCAAGGGCAAGGAGCGCUUGGCCAACGAGAUCAUCAACGCGUACGUGCCGCGGGACGCGGGCUACGGGUCCACCAUCGAGCCAGACCAGCGCGCCCUGACGCGCGUGAACACUCGGGAGCACAAGAACAUCAUGAUCGCGACGGUCUUCAACGGCAGCAGGGCGGCUUUUGAAGAGGCCAAGGAUGACGGAGACGUCUGGGCGGAUCCCGAGGACGACACCCGCUACCAGUACGACCAGAAGAUCAAGAAUAACACCGACACAAGGAGCGAGAAGAAGACGGCCACGGUGGUUCUCAACCCCAAGGACAAGAAGGAGUUCAUGGGCGCCAUUGCCAACAUGAUGGAGGACAUGGAGCGGCCCGAGUGGAUGAACUUGGAGGUAAAGAACAAGAAGGAGAGGAAGGCCAUCAAAGACGACUGCGCUGACGACACGGACAUGAUGCUAUUGCAGAAUUGCAACGACAGCUUCACGAGCGUGACCCUCGACUUGCAGAGGAUGGCCCCUCAGGUGUGCCGCAUCACCACGACCGAGGUGAUCAGGCGCAUCGCGCAGGAGAGCCUCGACCUCCUCAAGAAAGCGGCGGGGCCGUCCGAGAAGAUUCAGAAGUUGCUGAUGACGGACCCUAACUCCGUGCGCAAGCUCGAGGCCGAGGACGCCCUCAUCGCAGCAGGCAAGAUCUACGAGCAGCUGGCCGAGCUCCACACGCAGCUCAGGGCCAUCGUCAACAACGAUAAGAAGAAGCAGAAGGCCUCCCUCAAGGCCAAGUGA